UGCUCGGGCACUAGGGUUUUUGAGACCCAAGGAUUUGUUUAUCCCAUCGCUCCAUUGGCGUUUAAACAAGAAACGCUUAUUUCCUCCCCCCCAGCAAACUGAAAUGACUAUCGAAAGAAGAAUGCCGUCAAAAAUUCUACUGUCGAAACCUCAUCUUCCCGUGGAAACAACCCUUGCCAUCCUCUCCUACAUUUCCCUUGCUGACCAUUUACCCUUCCUAAUAGCUUCUCGCAGCCUGCGGGCAGCCGCCUUGUCCUCUCUCGCAGAACGUCUUAGCAGACGAUCAACGACAUUCGACAAACUACCUCGAUUCAACAUUCUAUUUCCAACUGGGAACUGGGGGGCAAUUUUGUACACAGAAUUUUGGUGUCUCCCCGUAGGUUGCCCAUCCCAAUACGGUUGUUCGGAGGACGGCGUCAAUGAGUGGCUCACAAAGCCAGUAUGGAGUCCUAAUAAGCGAAAGUGGCGGUUGAUAGCAGACAGAAAGCGGCCCACCAUCAUUCGCUUGCACAAGGACACUGGAUGCGAGAGUCGUCUGCUCACCUUUUGGAAUGGCGUCUCGCCUCAUUCUGCAACUUACGCACAUACUGCACCGUCAUGCGGCGGAUUCUUGACGAUGCUACCAUCUCAUAGCUCCCAGAUCAUAGGUUUUAGUCGGGUCGUCACCACCUCCCCCGGCCAAAACAACUUUCACCGAGUCAAAUGUGCCCGCUUCUCUGCUGUCUCUGGUGGGCGACAUACGUUGACAUCAAAUGACGGAUCGAUCGAGAUCGUUUUGCAUGUUGAGCCAUCUCCACAAGAACCCGGAAAUCAAUUGCUGAUGUUUGUGACAGAGGUGUAUGUGACAAGUGGAGUCCUCUUGAGUUCGACACCGGACUUGAACAUCAAUGCAAAGAUAAAUGAGAAGCGUACUGCGCAAGAGAACCUAUUCACCGAUAUAGGGCACGCCCUGCUCCCCGACAUAACAAAAGCGCCGUACAGCAAAUCAGCUGUGCAUAUGGAUCAUGUGGGAUGGCACCCUUCAAAGAUGGAAAGUAGCACCUGGUGGGCGCAUGUAUAGAGUGAAAGAGCCAGAAAUGUGCGUGUAGGAGAUUGAUAUUAGGGUAGACUCUUGAGAAAUGCAUCUGCCUAUCAAAGGCUGGGGUUGUAAUGGAUUUGGUGAUGGCGUACGGCUGUUUCGCGGCCUUUUAUAAGCUUGAUGAAUAUAUCCGUUUGACGUAAAUAGCUGCAAGGACAGAUGGCUGAAGCUAGUGAAAAGAAUAUAUAUACCAAGAAC